CCCCUCUGUAGCAAGCGAAUCCGCGCUCACCCAUUCGUCCAAGGUGCUCUCCCUCAUCCCAUAAACUAUCCACCAUGCCCUCAGUCGUCAAGAUGGUUCUCGGCAACGGCCCCCUGGGUCCCUCCUUUGCUCCCUGGAUCCGCCAACACUCUGGUAUCCAAAAGUACUGGUCUAGGUGGUCAAACCUCUACAAGCAGGCCGCUGGUUACAGGCAGAAGGGUUACUUGUUGGACGACCUGAUCCCCGAGGAGACCGCCCUCAUGCAGAAGGCCAUCUCCCGUCUCCCCGAAAAGGCCGGUUUCGACCGUGUCUUCCGUCAACGACAGGGUCUCAUCCAAUCCGCUCUCCACAAGGAGCUUCCCAAGGAGAAGUGGACUACUGCCCAGCAAGACGAGCGAUACCUCACCCCUUACAUUGAGCAAGUCCUCGCCGAAGAUGCUGAGCGUGCCGAGUGGGACCACCACGUUGUGGAGAAGAUCCAGAAGAGGAGGGCGAGCAAGAAGAGCCCCUUCGAGCGAUACUAGAGUCGCUUUGUAGGAGUGGGAGGGUUGUAGGGUAUGGGCUGGG